AUGGUCGCUGGCAAACGUACUGGAGCUGCAAAGGGUUAGUUUCAAAAAGUUGACUAAUUUCUAAUUACCUAAAAUAUGAUUUUUAGGCUCUCGACAUACAAAAAAGUAUAUGAGAAAAGGAACAAAUGUUGAAGAUAUCAUUGAUUCGAUUCGUAAGUUUGAAACCCCGAAAAAACAUUUGAAAAAAUGAAUAAUUUUCAGACAAAGAAGGGCGUGAAAAAGCGACUGGUGGAAAAAUCGAUGAAUUGAAAGAUUCGGAUUUAUUUGUUGUUGAUCGUGAAACAAAUUCGGAAAAAAUAAAAUUCACCAAAAAACAACAAGCAGCUCUUGAUAAAAUUGGACGACAUGUCGAGUGAGUUUUUCUAUAUUUUUAUUUUUCGAAGUGAAAAUUCGAAAAUUUUCAGCAAAGAGAUGACGGCUUUGCCAUUCCCCAAAAAACCAUCGGGAAAAAUUGCAAAACUUCCCAGAGGAAAUGCGUCUGUCAAAAAAGUCCAAUCUGCCAAACCUGCUACAACUCAAAAAUCGAAAAACUUCGAUGUUUGGACUGCUGAUUUGACACCAAAAGUUGAGAAAUUGGCAAUUCCAGAAGCAGCCGAACACUACCUUCGAUAUACUAAAAAGAAGCAACCGAAUGCUCCACUCAAAUCAGUCACAAGUUUAUUGCCUGCGGUUCAAAUUGCAGAAGCUGGAGCAUCUUAUAAUCCAGAUGCUGAAGAAUAUAUGGAAUAUAUUGGAAAAAUGGUGAAAGAUGAGCAGAAAUUGAUUGAUCGAGAAGAAAGAACAAGAAAAGGAAUUGAACCACAAUGGGAAACAAUUGUAACUGAAAGAGAGAAAUAUUUGGAAAAUACUGAAGGAUUGCAUAUGCAUCCAAAAUAUGGAAAAGAAGAUGAAGAAGAUGUUAAAAAAGAAAAGAAACAAAAUGUUGACGAGGAAGAAGAAGAAGAAGGAGAAAGUAGGUUUUUAAGAUAGGGAAUGUUUUACUAAAAAUAAAACAGGGUUUCAUGAAAUCUCGAAAUUUUGAAAUCCAUGCAUACCUCGCCUAGGAAUCUAGAUUUUUCUAUGUUCAAAAAAUCGUUUAUCUGGAAUCCGUGGACUACAAAAAAUCCCAAAUGUAGAUAACUCCCGUCUGCAAUUUCAAAAACUAGAAUUACUCGAAUUCAAGAACGUUAUUAUAUUUUCAGCGUGAACUAGAAAAAUUGUAUUUUUUCGCCAAAAAAUUCAUUACACAUUUUCUCAACCUCGACAUGACUUUCUAUAUAAAACAUUUUCCAGAAGUAACCGUUACACCAGUAACUUGUGAGCGUUUGACAAAAGAGCAGAAAAAGAAGAAGACACGAGCUGCUGAAAUUGAAUUGGAUGAAAAAAGAAGAUUGGCAGCAAAAGCUAAGGAUAUCGAUUCACAUAACGUUUACAGGUCAGAAAUCUUUUGUUUUUAAUUUCUAUAAUUCUCAUAUUUUUUCAGAACUAAACAAAUCAACAAAGAAUUGGAUGAAGAAGAUGCUGAACAAGAUAAGAAGUUGGCUGAUAGAAAACGGAAAAAGGUGAUGACAAAAAUGACAAAACGACAAAGACUUGGAAGAGGAAAAUUCGAAGAAGCUGAAGAACCUUUCUUACUUCAAGAAGAAUUGUCAUCGUCACUUCGACAAAUGAAACCGCAAGGACAUAUUUUGGAUGAUAGAAUGAAAAGUUUGCAAAGAAGAAAUAUUUUGCCAAUUGGAGGAGACAAAACUAAGAAAUUGAAGAAGAGUUUGAAACGAAAGUUUGUUGAGAAACGAUCUGUUAAAGAGGUUACGAAAGGAAGUCGAGUUAUUUGA